CAAGUGUUCAAAUGAGCUAUAAUGGCUACAGCAUCUUUGAUUGUUACAGUGGCAACCGCCAGGGGUGGGUUCUAAACUUUUUUACUACCGGUUCUGUGGGUGUGGCUAGGUGGGGGGGGAUGAUUGAGUGGGCGUGGCCAAUCUGACAUCACUCAUGCACUCAGUCACAUGACCCCCACCAAGCCAUGCCUACCGAAACGGCACCAAAAAUAUUUGAGACUUUUUGACACUUGUGUUUUUCACACUCCAGCCCCAUAUCCAGGGCGGGACGUGGUGGGGUGGCAAUGGUCGUCUCGGCUUUCCCUUUUUUGCCCUUCCUGGCUGAAAAGGGCCCCCUCUCACCUCUGAUGGACCUUCCCCAUGGUUGCAGCCGGAGCAGGCAGGCCAGGGGCGAUGGCAACAGCAGAAUCUGGCACUCAGGGAGGGCAAGGUUAGCAUGCUCCCAGCCGUGCCUUGCGCAGCCUCCGACGGCUCAGGGCAGCGGACUCAGUUGCAUCCCAGACCAGCCAAGGAACUGUGGGGAGUCUCCUGCGUGUUGCACCCCACUCCCAGCCUUCGCCCAUGCCUUUGCGCCAUUUUCGGGCGCCCAGCUUACUGGGCUGCUCCCGUCCCUGUCACGGCUCCAAUCAGCUGGGAAUUUGGAGGCAGUGAAUAGAUGGGGGCGGGACCAGUCAGAAUUUUUACUACCGGUUCUCCGAACUACUCAGUUUCUUCUACCAGUUCUCCAGAACUGGUCAGAAUCUGCUAAAACCCACCUCUGUGAAAACCUCAGGACAUGAGAAAAUACAUUCCACGGUUGUGUUCUCCUGCUGUGCAGACGGCACCAAAUUGCCACCAUUGUUAAUAUUCAAAAGGAAAAUCUUCCCAAAAGAAGUGAUUCCAAGAGGUGGUGUUUUGCAUAUCCAUGAGAAAGGAUGGAUGGACGAACAUGGAAUGAAAGUAUGGAUUGAAAAAAUGUGGUCCAAACGUCCAGGAGGGCUUCUGAAAAAACCUGCUUUGUUAGUGCUCGACCAGUUUACACCACAUAUUAGUGAAACCACAAAGAAAAGAUUCAAAGAAGUGAAGACUCAUCUAGCUGUAAUUCCUGGGUGGGGGGGUCUUACCCAGGGGUGAAAUGCUCCUGGUUUGGACUGGAUCACUCGAUCCAGUAGCAAUGGCGGUGGGUGGUUCAGAGAACCGGUAGGAAAAAUCCCUGCCCCCUCCCCAAGCCCAGCUGAGCUGCACGAUCACCAGAGGUGUAUUUUUUUUUUCUUUUAAUAGCAUUUUUUCUUUGGCCGAAAAAAAGCGCCCCACACUUCUGGCAACGCUAGCGCCGGGGGGGGGGUUGCAUGCACGCACAUAUGUGCAUUGACCAGCCACUUGCGCGGGCUGCUGGCCAACAGGAACUUCCUGGUACUGGGCUGCAGCCCACAAGUUGGGGACCCCUACUCUAAUCCAUGUGCACAUCUUUCUAGCUUGAAAGAGUGGGUAUGCUUCAGUGGUGGGUUUCAAAAAUAUUUACUACCGGUUCUGUGGGCGUGGCUUGGUGGGCGUGGCAGGAGAAGGAUACUGUAAAAUCUCCAUUCCCACCCCACUUGUAUGUACCUUGAGAGCAUAUGCACCAAGACAAAUUCCUUGUGUGUCCAAUCACACUUGGCCAAUAUAAAAAAAAAAAAAAUUCUCCAGGGGAAAGUUACUGCAAAAUCCCCAUUUCCUCCCGAUCAGGUGAGACUUGGGAGGCAGAGAAUAGAUGUGGGCGGGGCCAGUCAGAAUUUUUACUACCAUUUCUCAGAACUACUCAAAAUUUCCGCUACCGCUUCUCCAGAACUGCAUCUGUCCCAAAAACACAUCCGCAUUUCCAAGAACAUUCGGACAAAGAGCAAGAGAAAUGUAUUCAUAAUCAUGUUUAUACUUCUAUCUGUUAUCUAAUACAUGCUUGAUGAAAUAAAUAAAAAUAAAUAAAACGCAAUCAAUCAAUCCCAGGUGCCCAGAAGCAAAUAUCAACCCUCUCUCUACCCUUCCCCACCCAGCUUCUCUCUCCUGGGCUCUGAGCAGCUUUCCAACAUCAUUGGGCAGGAAAGGAGCAUGCGCAAUAAGACCGUUGUCGGUACUCUCCCAGCGGAGAAGAAGGAAGGGGGCGGAGUUUCCCAGGGAAAAAAACUCUCUAGCCGGUGAUAGGAAAGGACGGGCGGCUGUAGCGUUUGGCCCCUCUAGGAAGGCGCACUCGUUGGUGGAGGCUCUGCAAGCCGGGUCUUGGGGAGGGGGAAAGAGUGGCGGGAACGAUUGUCCGUUGCUCUCCUCAGGCGCAGAAGGCCCGAGGGAGCCGAGACUCAUUUCUCCCCUCCUGGAAAGCGGAGGAGCGAGUGCGGAGGGCCCGGGGGACGUUUCGGACUGUCUUGGCCUUCUUUUGGCAGCUCACGAGCAGGAGACGCGAUGGAGGACGAGAAAUCUCCAAGGAUGGAGGGCGCCCUCAGCCCAGAGACCCACCGCCGCCGCUUCCGCGCUCUGGAGGGCUGCCGCCAGGAGGCCGAGGGGCCCCGAGAGCUUUGCAGCCGCCUGCACCGGCUGUGCCGUCGGUGGCUGCGGCCGGAGAGGAGCAGCAAAGGGGAGAUGCUGGACCUGGUGGUGCUGGAGCAGCUGCUGGCCCUGCUGCCUCCGGAGAUGGCGAGCUGGGUGAGGGAGUGCGGAGCCCAGAGCUGCUCCCAGGCGGUGGCCCUGGCCGAAGGCUUCCUGCUCAGCCAAGCCCAGAGGGAAGAGCCGGGAAAGGGGCAGCAGGAGCUGUCCAUGGGGGAGAUCUCCACAGAGCUCCAGGAAAGAGGAGAUCCAUCCAGUCCUUCUCAGGAACUGCCGUUUAAGAGGAUCCAACUCGGGUCUCCUUGCCAGGGAUCUGGUCCAUUUGAGGAGGUGACCGUGGACUUCACGCUGGAGGAGUGGGAGCUGCUAGAUUCUGGUCAGAAGACCUUGUGCAGAGAAGUCAUGUGGGAAAAUUUGAAGAAUAUGGCUGCCCUGGGAGAUGAUGGGCUAGAAAACGAGAAUAGCAAGCAAGCAAGAUUACAAACAGUGAAGCGUGAUGUUGAAGAAGUGAUAUUUGGCCAUGAAGAGGACAUAAGAAUGGAGAAUGGAGAGGAGAGAUCAUCCACUUCUGAUCCAGUUGGAAUCCCUAGCUUCCUAUCCCAGGAAGACCUGGAAGGAAAGAAAAAGGAAAAAUAUGGGGGAAAAGAGAAAAAUCAAUUUGUUUUAGAUGAAUGUGGCAUAAACCAGAUUGAAGGGGAAAUGUAUGAAAUGUAUGAAAAAUAUGUCAGUCAUUCUUUAUCUCUUACUUUACUAAAGGAACUAUACAGCGAAAGCAAACCACAUCCCUUUUUAAAAUCUGGGAGGGAUUCCAGUCAGAGCAGAGAGAUGAAACUAUGCAUGGAAUGUGGAAAGAGAUUCAUUAGCAAGAGUAAACUUAUUCUCCACCAAAGGAUCCACACUGGGGAGAGGCCACAUAAAUGCAUGGAGUGUGGAAAAAGUUUUACCCAGAAAGGGCAUCUGAAUUCUCAUAACAAGAUCCACACAGGGGAGAGACCAUAUAAAUGCACCGAGUGCGGAAAGAGCUUUUCCGAGAAGAAAGAAGUUACUCGCCACCAAAGGAUCCACACAGGGGAGAGACCAUAUAAAUGCCUGGAAUGUGGAAAGAGCUUUACUCAGAAAGGACCACUUAUUUCGCAUGAAAGGAUCCACACAGGAGAGAGGCCAUAUCAGUGCAUGGAGUGUGGAAAGAGCUUUAUCCAGAAAGGACAACUUAAUUGUCAUGAAAGGAUCCACAGAGGGGAGAGGCCAUAUAAAUGCCUGGAAUGUGGAAAGGGCUUUACUCGGAAAGGAUAUCUCAUUUCUCAUGAAAGGAGCCACACAGGGGAGAGACCAUAUAAAUGCACCGAGUGCGGAAAGAGCUUUUCCGAUAAGAAAGAAGUUACUCGCCACCAAAGGAUCCACACAGGGGAGAGACAAUAUAAAUGUCUGGAAUGUGGAAAGAGCUUUACUCAGAAAGGACCACUUAUUUCUCAUGAAAGGAUCCACACAGGAGAGAGGCCAUAUCAAUGCAUGGAGUGUGGAAAGAGCUUUAUCCAGAAAGGACAACUUAAUUGUCAUGAAAGAAUCCACAGAGGGGAGAGACCAUAUAAAUGCCGGGAAUGUGGAAAGGGCUUUACUCGGAAAGGAUAUCUCAUUUCUCAUGAAAGGAUCCACACAGGGGAGAGACCUUACAAAUGCCUGGAAUGUGGAAAGAGCUUUUAUGACAAGACAACUGCUACUCGUCACCAAAGGAUCCACGCAGGAGAGAACAUAUAGAUGCCUUGAGUGUGAAGAAAUCUUAAUGAGUACAGCACCUUUAGUUGUCAGAUUGUGUGCAGGCAGGAAAAUUAGAAAUAAAUGGAAAGUGGAUCAAGCUUGACGGAGUGUAGGUGCUCACCUCUCAUAAAAGGAUGCACACAGGAAAAGCUGUACAAAUCCAUAGACUGCUCUUUAUUUGUAACAGUCAACGUAUUGAUCAUCGAAGGAUCCAGACAUGGCAGGCAGCUUAUUAAUGCACAGAAUGUGCAAAGGUGUUUUUCUUGCGCCUGAAUCUUUUUUUUUUAAUUAUUUAUUUUUAAACAUAAAAUAAAAAACCUCAUCAAAUCAAUUCCAUUACAACGUGCUGUAAGGGUAUUAACAUAUCUUCCUGUGCAUUCACAAAAUAAUAAUCUCUUCCAUACAUAUAUCUUAUACUCAUUUUUCCUAACAUAUCUUUCCAUUUAACCAAUUAUAGAAUAAAUCCCAUGUUGUUUA